CUUUUGAAGUCAUGUUCAUAUUCGAAAUGAAAGGAAAUAGGAUUGGUACAGUACUUUGUGAUCUGAGACAUGUAAGCGUUUGUUUACCGAAGCUUGUCAGCGUGGGCCUAACCACGUGAGUUUCUUGAUGUUUCAGCCAUUCAACGUGGACAACGCAGCCUAAUUCAGUUCGUCCCUGCACAUUAAUUUGAAGUCCAUUGACGCUUCAGGAAAUGAGCAUCUGCAUUGAGUAUUAGUAUUGAGAAUGGGAUAGGUGAUAUUACUAUUGGAUAAGACAGAUAGCAAUGGCCGAGGAAGCCAAGUAUUCUCACGAUCCAAAGUUCCGGCAGUUUGUAACUUCUAUUGACAAAGCCCUUCGGUCUUUCGAGUCAACUAGUGAGUGGGCCGACCUAAUCAGUGCUCUUGGAAAACUUGCAAAGGCAUUGCAAUCUCACACCCAGUUUCCCAUCAUACCGAAGAAGUACACAAUUGGCAAGCGUCUCUCACAAUGUACUCACCCGGCUUUACCCAGCGGAUGCCAUCUGAAGGCUCUCGAAGUCUAUCACCUCAUCUUUCAGCGCAUCGGUAGCAGUGGUUUGGCACAUGACAUCUUUGUGUAUGCCACCGGCUUGUUUCCCCUCCUUGGCAAUUCGGCCAUGUCAGUGCGACCUUACCUUCUCAGCAUCUAUGAGAAGCACUUCUUGCCACUUGGUCAUCAUCUGUCGCCGGCUUUACAAGGACUUGUUCUGGCACUGCUGCCCGGACUAGAAGAGGGCUCUGAACACACUGACAGAAUCCAUGAUUUGCUGAUAUCAAUAUGCAACUGUACUGACAAGUGGUUGUUUCACAAUGCGCUGUGGAGCUGCGUGCUGAACGUACCGCUGUCGCGAUUGCCUGCUCUCACUCUUCUCCUCUCCGAAGUCAACAAGGAUGCAACUGCAGAGGAUCAGCAGUACCUGUUUGGGGACGAUCUGGUGACGAUGGUGAAAGGCCUGAGUGCCGCGUUAACGGACAGCGUGGUACUGGUUCAGCGCUCGGCGCUGGAUAUUCUUGUAGCCUUGCUACCGUUGCAUCAAGAGUUCUUCCAGCGUGCAGACACUGUUUUGUUGCUGAGGUCUGCGCUGCUGACACUGCUCCGGCGUGACAUGUCGCUGUCGAGACGCCUGUACACCUGGCUGCUGGGUCAUUCGGGCAAGAGCAGCGAGAGUCAGGCCAGGAAGCAUGACUAUUUCAUUCGCUACUCCAGGUCCUUUGUUAUCAGUGCACUGAGGUCCAUGAUACUUGAUACGGCGCUGGAAGAGGAACAACGCAAGCCUGCUGCUACUGCUGCUGAGGACAGUUCGGAGCCACAGAACAGUAAACUACGGUUCGCCCAGCCGAUACGCAUUAUGGUUGCCCUGCUGGAUAAAGAAGAUUUGGGGUAUUUGUGCAUGGAUGAUUUGAUCCUGGACGUUAUCCAAGCCCUGCACAAGAUCUGUGUGCCCUCGUCCAGAACUUCAGAGAGAUUGCCAAUCGGACGCACUGCCUCUCGUAGUGCAUUUGAAGGCCACACCAACACUCGCAGCAGCGCAGGUCUCAUCAGCAGCAAAACCCUGGAUGAGCUUAGACUUCAAAUGCAGAGCUUCUUUGACUUGAUCACUCCAGCUUUCAUCUGGAAGCACCUAGCCCUUUGCUUUCAUGAACUGGAGCGGCUGGCUGAUGAUGAUGUGGUUGCCAUGUCAAGGACAGUGGCAGACACCAGCGGCAAUGCCAAUGGCUGUAGCAAUGCUAGCAACUCUUCAGAUCUUCAAUCGCCGCGCCGCACUUCAGUCUGGUCGCUAGCCUCUCAUGGUGCUGCCGGUGCUGGUGCCGGUGCUGGUGCUAAUUCUGCUGUUCACGGUGAAGCUCUCAAUCCGACAGCUUACAGCAUGGAUGAGCUGGUGGAGUUGGCAUCCUUUCUGCUCUCAUUCAUGCCUUUGGAGCUGCUGCUUGACUUACGGGACGGUACUCUGCAGCUGGUGUUCUGCCACUGCAUGAGAGCACUGCGUCGGCAUUGUGCAUCAUUCAACAUGUCCACCAUACGCAAGUCAAUCCUGCUCUGCUCCAAGCUACUGGCACGCUCUCCGCCAGCGUCUAGUCCAGCGUUUGCGCUGAGCCAGAUAUGGCCAGAUCUGCCAUCUCCACGCCCUCCUCCACGCCUGUCCUCUGCAUUUCUCAGCAGUAUGCAAGAUGAAGCAGACACUGAAGAAACGAGUGGUGAAGCAGCCAGUCUGGAUGAUGUUCAGUUGCAGUUUCCUGAAGCAUGCUUACACUACGCGCAGUCGUUCUUCUCCACCCUUGCCAAGCACUGCUUACGUUGUCUUCACCAGGGCUCGGGCACUACUUUCACUCUGCCUGCGUUUGAGAGUAUUGUUCAAGAGUCCAUCUCUUCUCGUGGACGCUUGUUCAAGCUGUCAUCAUCCCUUGUGGCUGGGGACACACUUGGACCCAUGAAUGAGGCGUUUGCCGCUUGUUGCCGUCUCCUGAUUGACCUGUCCGCUACGCAGAUAUUUGCAUUAGAAGGUCGCCAGUCACCUUCCCUGACUGGCAGAAUUGACAGUGAUCCAGCGGCUCCCUUUCCCAAGUGGCUGCAUUUGUUAGUGGCAUGUACAUGCAAUUGUCCGUCAUUCCAGCUGGCGUCUUCGGCAGUGUCCUGUCUGCUGCAGUUGUCCGAGGCUGCUCACAAUGCUUUGCUGCACCAUCAGACGCAUGGCCACAGGCAGCAGCCUGCAGACCUGGGUGGCAGCGAUGCUAGCCCCAUGAGGACAGCUUCUGCAAGUUUAGGUGAUGAGGGCAACUCUCAGCACAUCACCGAAGACACAUCACAAGCUGACUCGUCUGACCCAUUCACUGACUCCACAUUGGCCUCGUCUUUAGAGAUGUUGAUGUUGUCCAAGGGGAAAGACAUCCUGCAUCUGAGACAAACUCAUUUCUUUCAGGGCUUAGCUGCUCUGCUCUGGAGAGAGCUUGACCACUGUUCAGUUGAGCAACAGUCGUUCGUGGCCCAAAUGCUCUGUCAGCUGAAUGGAUCUUCUCUUGCCCCGGGUGCUCUUGAGCGAGUCAUGUGUUCUGACUUUUCUAACGCUGAUAUGAGUGUCUCUCUUAGUGCGCACAAGAGGUUUGCUCUGUUGUGGCACUUGUCAUUUGAAGACGACUUUGCGUCCAAUUCACCUCACCUGGAGCGAGCAAAGUUGUUUCUUAGGCCGUUGAACUUCAUGCUGGAUGGUUUAGUUAGUCGCCACUCUUGGUGCCGUGCAUUAGCUCAUGCCUGGUUGGAACAGGUGUUGUAUGCUCGUGAUCUCCACCGCCUGCUACAACCUCUCUUGCUGGCACUGCUGACACCAAACUCAGCCAGGGUGCGGCGCAUGGUUCCGUCUCCAGCGCUACUGCAAGAGGAUGGUGAGGUCCGUGCAGCAUCAUAUUCAUCGCCAUUGUCUUCACAGUCCUCUGCAUCAGCAGCAGCAGCAGCAACAACACCAACGUCUGCCCCAUCAACAGCGGGUGCAUUGACGUCAUCGUCAUCGUCCUCGUCAAUGUACACCUCGCUGGUGUAUGUCCGGCCACAUGACACUGCCGUGUCUGUGUACGCACUCAAGUCACUGCUCAACGUUGUCCGUGCCAAACCUCAUCUACUUGUCACGCAGGCUGCUGGUUGCCAGUUGCCGAAUGGAAGUCUGUGCCAAGGUGUAGCUGCUUUGGAUGAGCUGCUCAUCAAGCACGAGAUGUCCAUCUCUGGAAAUGCCUUUGACACUGCUCCCGGUAAGGGUGCGACGUCUCGGAGGAGCUACUUUGAAGUACUCUUGACUGUUCUCUCCUGGACAAUGGAGUCUACAUUUACUGAUGAACAGCACCAGUCAGCCGAGAUGUUGGAGCAGUUGGAGUUGCUCCAGGUGACCAGUGUAGAGGUUCUUGUUGCUCUUCUUGGAUCGUGUGCCAGUGUGUUAGAGCAGGAGAGGACUAGCAGUAAUGCCAGUUAUAUCCAUGCCUUGCUGCAGAUGUGUAUCUUCCAUCGCUCGUUUCUCACUUGUUUAGCGAAGAGCAUGGUACCAUCUGUAAGGAAGAAAAUGCCUUCGUUUGUGAGAAGUACUGAUAGUGAGGCUGUUGCCGGUUCAUCGGUGACUAUUUCUGCGUCUCAGAAAGCCUUCCAUUUGCUACUGCUGGAGCUUGCUGAGGUUGUCUUGCGUCUAGAAGGUCUUUGCGAAGAGCAACUCUCCAAAGAAUCUGCUGAGAGCGAGGAGAGGAAAGAUAAAAGUGCCGCGACACAGCGCUUGCUUGAUUGCACUGAGGCUGUGGAUAUCCUGUCGCGAGUCGAUGGAAGUAUGGUGUUGCUUUGCCGUCUUGCUCGGCAGCCUGCAUUUCAUGGCAUGCUAGGAUUCGUUCUGACUUGCCCUUACUUGGCAUCGGUUCACUGUCGAUGGCUAUCGCUACUGAGCAAAAGCGUGGCUCACCUCGGCCCAGCUCGUAUACCACUCAUCACCACAGCAGUGAAUAGAGUAGCUCAGUGGCUGCUGCACCUGGUGCAUGCCUCGUCAACACUGGACAACGGCAGCAGCUCUGCAAUGCAGUCACUACUGUCCGAUGCGCCGCCGUUCUACUUGCCCAGCUUGUUGCGUAGCUAUGCGUCCGUGCUGCACUAUGCACUGCUGGGCAUGCAGCCAGUGGAGAUGAGUAGCAUUAGUGCAGCAGCUAACAGCACAGCUGCUGGUGCUGGUGCUGGUGGUGGAGGCGGCAGUAAUCCACUAUCACCAUCCACUUCCAGAACAUCUGUGCCUAGCAGUGCUGUGGUAACGUCGCCUGGAAGCCCUCCGCCGGUGUCGUCCUGGGCGUACAUUCUACCGUUUGGCUCGUCCAGUCAGCAGCUUGCCAACAAGAGUGACAAGAAUGCUGCAGCGCAGAGCGAGCCGGUCCGGGAAGCUACCCUGAAUUCGGUGAACAAGGUCAUGCAGGCAUUGGUCGAUGUCUGGUGUCUGUGGGCAAGCCAGUCUUCUGCUGGUGGUGGUGGCACUGGUACUAGCACUGGCACUGGCACUGGCAUGGGUGCGGGCACUACUGCUGGUGGUCCUGAUUACAUGUCUAGGCAAGGCGUGACUCUACCGGCUAUCUGGGGUUCGAGCGAGCAUGUUUCACACCAGACUGUAUCGGUCAUCUAUCCACUGGGCCUGUACUAUCCAGUUGAGGUGCUGCUAGCUUUUGCAGAGGUCUGGCUCCUUGAGCAGAAGGGACAGCCAAUACUUCAGCUUGGUUUGCCUUUAAUGGUGGACACAUGCAGUCGCAAACAAGAACUCAUUUUGUCUAUGAUGACAGAAUUGCAGUGCUUUGGCUGUGAAGUCUUGCUUACCAUUGGCAAACGGAUCCUAUCUAGCAAGCCACUGACUGCUCCACUGGAGGAGUGCUUAUUUCAUCUUCUUAUUCAUGCUGUCAAGCGAACACCUGCAUUGGAGCUGCAGCGGUGUUGGCCUGUAUUUUACUUACUACUCAAGCAGUGUGUCACUGUCAACAUGUCCAGUAUCUCUCCACCACGCCUCUUCCUCUCAACCAUCUUACUGCUGGUUUACCUGGAGCGCACACCACAAGUGGAUGAUCGUAAACUGAAGAGAGAAAUUCAAGAUAUCAGUCAGCGUUGUCUGGAUGGCUGCGUUACGGUUGUCGGUUCUUCUUUGGAGAAUACUGCUUGGUUGCGCCGUAGCAUGGCCAUUACAGCUUCUCACCAGGAGACAGCUACAACCAAUCAGCAGUCUACUGAUGUUACACAGACUGUCGGUGUGCAUCCUGUAAACUCUGAUGAUUCUGUUGCAGCUGACACCAAUAGCCAUGAAGUCGGUGAAAGCCGGUCAUCUUUGCCUGACGCAGAAAAAACUCAAGAUCUCUCCAAUAAGGCUACUGUUGCAGAUGGUCAGGCAAUGUCAGCUAAAGCUCCAAAGGCGUCUGUCAAGCUACUUGCUGUGUACAGUCCUCAGGCUCUGCAGUGCCUAUCGCGGGUUCUGGCAACUAUUGUUGACAUUGUGUACGGCAGUGAGGAGAAGGACCGUGCAGUGGCUGUCCUCAGCAACAUGAUGGUCUAUAUCCUGCCGUUCCUGAAGACUCGCAGCUCACAGAACUUAGUCAGCUCUACAGCAGCUAUUCACCUCUUGUCGACUGUCAGUGAGUUUCACUACACACGCAGAGCUUGGCGGCGAGAAAUCACCGAGCUCUUCUUUGAUUCAGAUUUCUUCUGCUUUGACUCUUCACAACUGGCAAGCUGGUGCAGUGUCAUAGACAACCUGCUUGGCCAUGACAAACAUGCCCGUCAGGAGUUGCUGGGUCGUGUCUCGAUUUCUCAAAGUGGACUAAACCUCUUCACCAGCUCUGACAUGGAAAUGCAGCAACGCGCCCAUCUCCUGAAGCGCCUCAGCUUUGCCAUUUUCUCUAGUCCCAAAGACCAGUAUGAGACUCUUCUUCCUGACAUUCAAGAGCGGCUCUCUGAAUGUCUUCGCUUGCAAAUGGCUCCAAUCGUACAUCAGCAGGUGUUUCUGUGCUGGCGUGUACUUCUUGUUCGAAUGUCUCCAACCAGCCUGACAGCCUUUUGGCCUGUGAUGAUGACAGAGCUGAUUCAAGUUCUCCUGCAGUUGGAACAAGAUCUCGUUGUUGAUGCCACCAAGAUGAUUAGGCGUCAACUAACUCCCUCUACCAAGUCUCAAAGUAACGACCCAUGGCUAGGCCUGUACAUGUCCGCCUGCAAACUCCUUGACCUUGUCCUGGCUCUUCCGUCAAGCGCUUUACCACAGUUUCAAAUGUAUCAGUGGGCGUUUGUUGGUGGACAGCGUCGUCAGCGUAGGAUUAUACCCAGCAGCAGCCAGUCAUCAUUUGGACCAGCUGAUUUUGAACCCUACAUGAUCCGGCUGGUUGACCUACUCGAUCAGCCGGGAUUACCAGAUUGCGAGCCUUUGCAACAACCGUUUGGUCGGCCCCUUCUCACCAUAAGGACCAUCUCAUCGGUUCUUCAACUCAAAGCCUUUGUUCUUGGUUUAGUCCGAAGGCAUCUGCGCACCCACUCUAAUGCUGGCAGAAGCAGUAGUUCAAGUUCGAGUAGUAUCAAUGAUGCAUCACCUGCAACAGGUGUGUUGGCCACUGUCUCCAGUGAGAGAGUGUCAUCAGGACCUGCUUCUGCGUCUACUUCUAAGCGUGCUAACAGUGCUAGUGGCGCUUCUGUUGGCGGCACUGGCAACAUUCGCAGCCUGACCAACGCAGAGUUCAUUGAAAGGCUCAUUGGUCACGAUUUUCUGGAAAGUGGCAAAUAGUAAUGUGUUGCUGUUGCUCCCACUUCUCAACUCCCUUAUCCUCCGUGUUUGAACCCCUGAUCACCCUGCAGCGUGCAGCCGUAUUCCAUGCAGACAUACUCCUGCAUAUACCCAUCUGCUGUUUUAUUAUUUUAUUUUUCUCAUCCUUUUCGGUAUUUCUGCUAUAUUUUCCCCCCGAUCCCGGCUGCAUUGCUGCUGGCUUGUUUGUAACAGCUCGUCACCUAUCAAUUCUUGUCUAUAUCCAUCUUACUCCAUGAAACAUGACACUUUCAAUUUCUACGUACUAUUCUAUGUGCAGACAAUUCCAGAAACUAUUCAAGUAUCUACAAUAUUAUUCUAUUCUUAACUGAGUACUGACUUUGUUUUCAUCUCUCUAGCCAAGAUGCAUGAAUUAUGCGAGCUGUCCCAACCAAGGAUGCUGCACAUUUUAAUUAGCCCUGGUGCUCUGCUGCAUAGAAUCGAUACCGAUACUACGACUGCGUGAAUCCAUGCAUGCAUGUGCCAUGGCAUGGCUGCUCUCUCACAAUGCAGCAGUGACAUGACAUGGCUGCUCUCUCACAAUGCAGCAGUGACAUGCUCUCUCCCAGGUUUACCUCUUCUCAUUUCCAUUCAUAUCUGAUAUCUGGUUGCCCGUGUCACACGACACACACAAUGUCUUAAUAGUUGACUCAUUAUCCACUAUCACUAAUAUCAGCCAGUAUGAUGCUGGCUAUUAUUUCAGCAGCGCGUAAGGCAGCCGCAGUGCUUGGCAUGCCGCCAACAAGGUGUUGCCAACAUCCCGGCACACCACCGUCGACUUCGCUGGCUACAUCAGCAGGUAGCCUAGCUAGCAAGUGCUUAAAGUGGCCUGCGAGUGCAGAUGGUAAUGCAGCGGCAUUCAGCCCGCAGGCUGUGCUAUGCUGUGCUAUGCUGUGCUAUGCUGUGCUAUGCUGUGCUGUGUCCGUACCCGAUGACUGAGUCACUGUGAGUGUUGUGUGCAGUACCCGCACUCGAUAGUCUUCAUCCCCGUUGCCAUACGUCUAACUGCCGCUGCUGCUCCUUUCUUGUUUCUCCUUUCUGUAUUUGAGAUUUACCUGCCUUGAACAAGGUUGAACAAGUUGUAUAAACUAUUCUCCCAUCCCGGCCCCAUUGGUCAUUACAUCAUACCAUUUUAUUAGUACUGUUCCCAACUUACUUCCUCAGUUAUGGAUAGGAUAUGACUAUUUUAUGGUCUAGUACUUUGAGGUACAUACAUGUAAUUGUAUGCCUUCUCUUUUUCAUUAAUUUUUGUUAUGGACUAAAAAAUUCUGCUUUCACGGUCA